UGGUGAGAACUUAGAAUUAUUAGGUCACAAAUAUUGGUUAUUAUUACUCUUCAUCAAUAUUAUUAUAGAGAUCAAGAUCAUAAUUAAUUAAAUGGGGCGUAACAAUAAAUCCACAACUAUUCAUUUGGCUCCCUUGAUUCUUGCCUUGAGGAUUGUUGCACUCUUAUUAUUUGUUGGUUCGAUUGUUGUGCUUCUUCUCGACACCUACAAACUCAGUGAUGGAGAUAAAACCACUUUCAAGGAUGUUAACUCGUACAGAUAUGUGAUUGGGACAGCAGCCAUUGGAGCAGCGUACCUGAUAGUGCAGCUUCCAUUUGCAAUAUAUUAUGGGUGGAAGGGGAAGAGGUUGAUACCGGGGAAAGUGUUGGCGGAGUUGGAUUUCUACGGAGACAAGUUGGUGAGUUUGUUGGCGGCGUCGGGGGUGGGAGCCGGCUUCGCUACCACUUUUGAGCUUAAGGAUUUCGUUCCUGAUGCUAUGGACACUCUUAUAUUGUUUGGGGAAUCAGCUGGCAUUGGUGCUGAUUUUAUUGGUUUAUUACAAGAAGAAAGAAAUAAGAUAACUUGUUUUCUUAAUAAGGGCUACAUUGCCUCUGGAAUACUCCUCGCCGCUUGUGUUUUCAUCAUCAUUGUUUCUGUGCUUUCUUCAAUCAACCGAACCAAUUAAUUAAAAUGUGUAUAUAGCUUAUACAUAUGUAAUGAGAUUUAAUUUAUCAGUGUAAUAAUAUUGUCAUCACGUGAUGAUUUAUUUCAGUAUUAUGGGUUCUUUAAUUAUUUUUACAUUUUAUUUUUAUGGACAAUAAUAAAGAAGUAAUUUACGUAUGUCUCUGCUAGAUAUAGGCAC